UAAAAAAUCAACCAACAAUAAUCAUCACCAACCAACCAAAUUUUUUUUUUAAUCAAAAUUGAAAGGCAAUAUCUUCUUCCUUGUUCUUCAUCGAUCCAAUCAAAUACCCUCUCGUAAAGCCAUCAUGUCAUGGCUUGCUCGUUCCAUAUCCAACACUCUCCGUCUCGACGACGACGACGAACACAAACAUCAACAACAACAAUUAUCCAAUCACAAUUCUCAAAACGACGUCGUAACGCCUGAUGUUGACGAAGACGCAUCGACAUACGAAGACAUCGAUUUAUUAGAAGAACGAUCUAAUAACGAUUACAAUUCUGAUGAUAAUGAUGAUCGUAACCGAAGCGUUAAGGAAGAUUUAUCUGAAUUUAAAGAAACCCUAACGCGUCAGUUAUGGGGUGUCGCUUCAUUUCUCGCUCCUCCGCCUCCACCGCCUCCGCCGCCUCCACCGCCGCGGAAACCGGAUCUAUUUAAGACGGAUGCGGAGUUAAUUGAUCGACCUGAGUUGAUUGGUGGAUCCGAUGAGGAAGAAGCGGAAUAUGUUGGGAAUUCGGAUUAUCAGGAUGAUGAUGUGGUGGAGAGUGAAGGAGGUGAUGCUGUUGGAGUGACGGAGGAAGUUUUGGCUUUUGCUGCUAAUAUAGCGCAUCAUCCCGAGACGUGGUUGGAUUUUCCGUUUGCUGAUGAAGAAGAAUUUGAUGAUUUUGAGCUCUCUGAUGCCCAACAGAGGCAUGCAUAUGCUGUUGAACGUCUAACACCGAGACUAGCUGCUCUCAGAUUCGAACUUUGCCCUGUUCAUUUGAGUGAAGGUUUCUUCUGGAUGGUCUAUUUUGUUCUGCUUUACUCAAGACUGAAAAAGCAUGACACUGAGCUUUUGUCUACACCUCAGCUUGUAGAGGCAAGGGCUAUGUGGAUGCAAGAACUGCAAAAGAAAACAAAACCAGAGUCAGAUUGGUUUGGCAUAGGCACAUUUCAAUCAAAGGAUAGCACGUAUUCCCCACGUGGAGACUUCGAAUCCAACUCAUCUGAAGAUGCUCUCUCUAGACAUGUUGCGCUCCCAAGAUCAUUUGCUUUUGAACCUCCAACUUGCUACACUUCUGAUACUGAAACUGAGAAACACUCAAUUGGAAAUACAGAGAUCCAAUUUAUUGACAAGGCAGUUACUGAAGAAGAUCCACCAAGCAAAAUCAUUGAAAAGGAGGUGGUAGGUGGUCCAUCUUUUAAGCCACCAGUGUUUGAUUAUGAUGAGCAUGAGGAUGACUGGCUGAAAGACAAUUCAGAGUUAGAGGGUUACACAGGUUCUGCUAUUGUGAAUGAGGAAGAUGUUUCGUUUAGUGAUCUUGAAGAUGAUACUGAUUAUAAAAUGCCUAUAAAACCCAAAUCAGUGUCAAUAGAUUAUAACACAGCACUUAAUGUCUUGUGAAUUAUCUUCAGCUGCCAGGGAGAUACUUAUUUAUCUUUUAGGAGUGAACCCACCUGCAUGUCAACCUCUGAGUAAUUUGUGGCUCCUAGCGAAAAAUGGUAACACUCAAUCUCUCCAUGGUUCAGGCUUGUUAGGCUGUGUCUUAGCCUGUUCUGGUUUGCAGAAGUUAGCAAUUGUGCAAUGUCCACUUCUCGUGGUUUUCACUAGUUCCGGGUGUCGAUGUUUCAAGUUGGUCGUCCCAGAUUCUUAUCAUCUCUUGAACCUCACAAAAUCGAUCACAAGAUGCUUCUUUACUUGCAGAGUGUGGUGCAAGGCAGUAAGCAGCUUAUAUUUUAUCCAUUGCCUACAUUCUUUGUGUGUUUUGAGAUCAUAGCUUAACCAUGACCAAAGUAGGGCAUGAUAGCUAAUUCUCAUAACUGCGUUUGUAUUUGUACAUAUACAUGAAUCUCUUACAGCUUGACCGUGCCCUGUAACAAGGCAACGGAUAUAGUGGGGUGCAUGCAAGGACGCGUGACAUCCGUAUUUUUGUAAUUGCAUAUUGAAGAAUAUCCCUAUUUGGUUUGUUCAUCUAUCCUUCUUCUUGAAAUGAAUCUGUGCUAUUAUCAAUGCA